CAUCCACCCCCACAGCAAACACUUGCUAAGUACAGUCUGGGUGCUGGAGACACACCUGUCACAGCCUCAACUCCUUCCCCUCUGUGGGAGCUGGAGAAUGAGGCUGAUUCUCCAUCUUUUCCUAUGAGGGAAAUAGACAAAACCGACGGAGAAAGAGGGUGUGGAGAUCUAGGAAAAUUAGAACUAUUUCAAGCACUCCCACCUGCAAACCCUCCAUACGUCUCUGCCCUACCCACUCUGUGGCCCUCAGACCUUUAGUACCACUAGGAAAGCAAAUCCAACUGCCAGCACCCGCCCUCACUCCACUAUCUUAUCCCAGUCAGUGGCAAGGCGCCCGAACAGCCAUUGCUCACGGAGUUAAGGAUCCGUGUAUGUGUGUGAGUAGGCUUGGGAUCCAAGGAGCACGCAUGCGUGUCUGUGUGUGUGUGUGCAUACGCAUGCCUGCCAGGCCAGGUGUGUGGGUUGGGCACAUGCAUCCCUGGGAAGCCUGGUUCCCAUCACAUCACUCCGCAACUUUCCUUCCUCUUCCUUUUCUCCUCGGAGGCCCCAGACCAGUCAACAGUUUUCAUCUCCAUUGCUGUUUCUCUGUCUCUGUUAUCUCCUCUCUCAGGGCCCCUGCAGAAACCAGAGUGGGGCAAGGGAGAAGGUGGAGAGAAGGGAGCCUGGAGUGGGGACUUGGGUGAGAGAGACUGCCUGUGGGUGGGCGUGAGCCCAGGGCGGUCUGUGCCAGCUGGGGGCAUCCGCCCUGGGUCUGUCUCCCUCCAGCUGCGUGCACAGCCCAGGCAGGUCGCCAUCUUGGGUCCUGGGUGUAGAAAGGUGCUGCCUCCCCUUCCUGAGGAAAUAAAGCCUAGGGCGGGAGGUGAUGAGAAGUGCACCCUGGUUAAUGAUUGUCUAGCCCUGCCCUUCAGCCCCUGAGCUCCCAGGUGAUGCUGAGCUCUCCAUUUUGGCCUCUCCCCAGGGGACAGAAUCCAGAGGGACCUGACAGAGCCUCCAGUAGGAAAUGAGGGGUUCCGUCCUCCAAGGGGGAUCCCCUGCUGGGGGCUUAGGGAGCAGACCAGGGCUGUCUCGGGGAGCAGAGAAGUGUGACCAGCUCUGCCUGACCCCUUGUCUUUUCUCUGCCACCUGCCUUCCUGGCAACAGUGUUUUCCCUCAGAUGGUCAUUGUGUGUGUGUGCACAGUGUGCCAGCUCUUGCACAAUCGUGUUGGGAAGUUCUUCCUGCUGUCCAGUCUCCCUGCCCUCCUAUUGCAAGUUCUUUUUUAAUGGGGGCAUUUAGCCUUCUCUCCUUUCUCUCCAUUUUUGUCACCCCAGAAUCUGGAAGGUGCCACCAUAUUAGGGUGAUGCUUUGGGCUGCAGAGAGAAAGAAUGGGGGCUGGGCCUAUGGCUGUGGAACCCCACUUCCUUUUCUCUCCCCUAGGAGUUCCCAGGAGUGGCUCUGCCUCAGGUCCCUGGAUUCUUCCUGCGACCGGGGUGUGGCCUCCUGGAGGUGGCCGUGUGAGGGCUCCCUCUGUCUGGCCUGCCUUUCCCCCUCUACUUGGGCCAAAAUCCCACUCUGGGCACAUGGGCCCUCCCUGUCCUCUUGCUGCUGGGUGGGUGGAUUCUGGCCCCGAGAAGAGGACCUGUGUGUGGUCUGGGACACCAGGCGCAAGUCUGGAGCCAGGAGUAGCAGGGCACCAGACCUGUGCCCUCAGGAGAAGUAGAUUUUGUGGCAAUGCUGAGCUCUUCUUAGAAGUGGGGUCUUCACUACUGGUGAGAAGGACGAGGGCCUUACAAGUGACUGUGUUGCUUGGGGGUCUCAGUGAUAUUGGCUGGAGUAUAAAUAGCCCCUUCUUCUUUGGGAGGCCCUCAGGAGGGCUUAUCACCUGGCGGGUGGUAGCUAGGGAAGAGAGGCGCCUGGUGCACCAGGUUGGCAGGUAAACAGGGCCCAGCUGGACUCAGGGGAGGGGGCAGGUGUGCCCAAGCUGAGCUAACAAAGACUGAGCUUCCCACAGGAUGUGCCAGGCCAAGAAGGAGGAGGCUGGGAAUGGGGCAUUGGGUGCCACGGAGGGAGACUGUCUGUGAGGGAGUGUGGGGGAACUUUCCAUCAACGUGUUUUGUGCUGUGGUCUGUACACUUGCGUGUGUCUUUGUGUGAACCCAUAUCAGCUGUGGAUAUUUAUUGAGAUGCUAUUUUUGUGGCCGGGAGCCUGUGCAGGGAGGGAACAGCAUCCUUUCACUCUGGGUCCCAGGUUCCGCAUCCCCACCUAGAAUAACAUAUCCCCAGGGGCCUGUGGGAAGGCUUUAGUGCCAAGCAUAAUUCUCUGGUUCUGAUUCUACAUCUCAUGUACUGGGGGUGGGGGCUGGCUGCUGAGAUGCCUGUGAGGCGACUUCCUGGUUGCUUUGGUGAGAGUACAGGAGAGGAGGGUAAAAGACCAGGAGCCCUGAGCGUCUGAUCCCCACCCCUGCUACACACACACACACACUCCCGAGGAGACUGAACCUCCGAUGGGAUAAUCCCAGAUUGGUGGAGGAUAAAGCUGGGGCAGAUUGGCCGAAGGAUUUGUGUGACUCUUAUUACCUCCCACCCCCACCAGCUGCUGUCAGAUCCAGUGAUGGGGGGGCAGAGAAGGAGUAUUGGUUGAGGUGGGGCUUAGAUUUGAUCCAGGGCUGGCAAUACCUACCUCACCAGCAGAGUCCAGCCAGACUAACUGACAUAAUUGAUACCCGGGAAGAGGGUCCAGUGUGAGAAGGGGCAGGGGCAACUAUCAUUUCCGCACUUCUCUGUGUUAAGUGAUGACACACAAGGCCUCCGAUGCUAGAAUACUAGAGCUGAGGGGAAGCUGACUCAAGACUGCCCGAUCCAGCCCGAUUUACAGAUGAGGAAGCCAAGGCCCAGAGGAGAGAAAUGACUUGUCCAAGGCCACCCAGCUAGUGAGUGGCAGGGCCAGUCCUUGAAGUCCAGUGCCUUUCCUGAGGAUAACUUGAGCCCCACCCUCAGAGUGAAGGUGAAGGGUUUCUUUGGUUUAUUUAUUUACUUUUGGUCACUGGGAUUAGAACUGCCACACCAUCAGAUGAGUGGGGCGACCAGGUGUGGCCCCAGCAGUCGAAGCCCUCAAUAGCAAAAUAUUUUCAGACAUGAAACACUGAGUCCUUCUCCUCCAUCUCCAGUUCCUAAGAUGCUCCCCACCCUGGUUAAGGAAAUCAGCCUGCAGGAGUCAUUCCCAAGUCCUCUCGCCACACAAGAACAUGGAGAGUGGAACUGGGGAUGUCUGCAUUUCCACUGGAGGCUGAACAAAGGGAGAUGAUACUGCAGGAACAGGGGAGAGGAGAGAGCUCUGGAGGACUACCGGGAGCAGGGAGAAUCUCGAAAGAGCACGGGACAGCGAUUCCUCCUUAAGAGCCCUCUGGGCUGUGAGACACCAAGGAUUUGAUCUGCAGGAGGAAGGCAGGAGAAGAGACAGCAUGGCCCCUGCAGGGCCUGCUCAGCACGCCUCUCCCCAGAAUCAGGAAGCUUGCCUGGGCCCCUCCCCCACCUCCCAGCCCCCACCAAAUUCUCCACCCCCAGCAUACCCUGUUCCCCCCCACUACCACUCCUUCUCCGGGUGUGUGGAGCAGCAGAAGUUAUGACGUCACCACGGUCGCCAGGGCGACGGGGAUGGAUAAAUCAGGCUGAGUGGGCGGUUGCCAUGGCGCGCAUUCUCCCGUUGCCACGGAGACUGGGCAUCUGCUCCCUUUGUGCUGCCCAAGUGCCUUCCCCCUGGGGUCAAGGGGUGUAAGGGGGCAGAAAGAGAGGCAGAUACACCUCUAGGGGUCAGAGGGAAGUGGGAGCAUCUGUGGGGUCUCCCUCAGUCUAGAGUCUUCCUUGGGGCUUCUUGAUGAGAUGAACAGGCCGAUCCAGGUCAAGCCAGCCGACAGCGAGAGCCGAGGAGAAGACCGGAAGCUCUUUGUGGGGAUGCUAGGGAAGCAGCAGACAGAUGAGGACGUCCGGAAGAUGUUCGAGCCUUUUGGGACCAUAGAUGAGUGCACUGUGCUCCGGGGGCCAGAUGGGACCAGCAAAGGCUGCGCCUUCGUGAAGUUCCAGACCCACGCCGAGGCCCAGGCGGCCAUCAAUACCCUUCACAGCAGCCGGACCCUGCCGGGUGCCUCGUCCAGCCUGGUGGUGAAGUUUGCUGACACAGAGAAGGAGCGAGGUCUCCGCCGAAUGCAGCAGGUGGCCACCCAGCUGGGCAUGUUCAGCCCUAUUGCCCUCCAGUUUGGAGCCUACAGCGCCUACACCCAGGCCCUGAUGCAGCAGCAGGCGGCCCUGGUAGCGGCUCACAGUGCCUACCUCAGCCCCAUGGCCACCAUGGCUGCCGUGCAGAUGCAGCACAUGGCCGCCAUCAACGCCAAUGGCCUCAUUGCCACCCCCAUCACCCCAUCCUCAGGAACCAGCACCCCUCCUGCCAUCGCUGCCACGCCUGUCUCUGCAAUCCCUGCUGCCCUGGGUGUCAACGGCUACAGCCCGGUGCCCACCCAGCCCACUGGGCAGCCUGCCCCUGAUGCUCUGUAUCCCAACGGGGUUCACCCCUACCCAGCCCAGAGCCCCGCGGCCCCCGUGGACCCCCUGCAGCAGGCCUACGCAGGAAUGCAGCACUAUACAGCAGCCUACCCGGCAGCCUACAGCCUGGUUGCACCUGCGUUCCCGCAGCCUCCUGCCCUGGUCGCCCAGCAGCCCCCGCCUCCCCCACAGCAGCAGCAGCAGCAGCAACAGCAGCAGCAGCAGCAGCAGCAGCGGGAAGGCCCUGACGGCUGCAACAUCUUCAUCUACCACCUGCCCCAGGAGUUCACUGACUCAGAGAUCCUCCAGAUGUUUGUCCCCUUUGGCCACGUCAUCUCAGCUAAAGUCUUUGUUGACCGGGCCACCAAUCAGAGCAAGUGUUUUGGCUUUGUGAGUUUCGACAAUCCAGCCAGUGCCCAGGCUGCCAUCCAGGCCAUGAACGGUUUCCAGAUUGGCAUGAAGCGCCUCAAAGUCCAGCUAAAGCGGCCUAAGGAUGCCAACCGGCCCUACUGAGGGCCCCCAGGUCUGGAGACACCAGAGGAAGGGGCACCUCUAUCCCUCUCCCCACGACUGGCCCCAGCCCUCUCUGCACAUCUGCCCUGGGCCUUGAUUGGGUUCUGAGGCAAAAGCUGCUUCACGGCCCUGGGGGCACAGGACACCAGCCCACUCCCACCACCCCGCCUCUCCUGAAGGGCCUGUUUCCUCCCAGGUGCCCUUUUGGCCUUUGUGAGGGAGCAAGGAACAGGCUCGAAGGCUCGGGGGUAUCUGCCUUCUGCUGGGGCUCCUGUGAUGGGCCUUCUGUGCCCAGCAUUCGCACUUGACUCCCCCACCAGUGGGCCUGUUCUACCUGUGCGGGCCCCUGGGAGGGCAGCGGGGGCCUCCCCUACACGCCCCAGCCCAGCCUCUUCCCCACAUUAGGGGUUUCUCAGAAGCUGGUUCUCAUAUUCCCUGCAACCCUCAGCUAGAGGUAGGAUAUCCCUGAACCCUGGGCUAGAAGCCCUAGAACUCACUGCCUCCCCCAAGGGCCCCCUCGAAGGAGGGUGUGGGGGAGCCCUGAGGGCUGCCUCUUCGCCAGUCAGCCACAGAGACCCUCCUCCUUUCACGAGGAAAAGACCUCCCCCAAACCCCUAAAAAUGUUUACAGUCUCUGCUGGUCCCCUCCGUGUAAAUACCACUACCACCCGUGCGUUACCCAGCCCGGCCUGGCCUGGACGCUGCCAUCUCUCUUUCUGGGAGUUUAGACAAUGUUUCCCUUGGAUUUUUCUCUCUCUUGAUUUCUCCCUUUGCUUUGGGGGGUAAUUGGGUAUUGGGAGGAGGGGUGUAGGGAGGGCUAAAGGGGUUUAUUACCUGAUCAUUUUCUUUAGGAAGAGGUUUUAGGGAAAAGAACUGGGGUCGGGGGGGAGUGGUAAGGGGAGACUGGGGAGUCAGUUUCAGACACUUCUCUAUGCUUAACUUAUUUAUUUAUUGCAUUUUAAAGAGUUGGUCUUUUCUGUCUAAAUAAAGAAAAAUGUUUAAAAGCAUCAAAUAAGAGUCUUGGAAGGUUGAGGGCAGGGGCUUGUGCACAUUGAGGAGUGGUGGGGAGGGAGGUGAGAAGAGCGAGGUUUGGGAGAGACAAGUCUACCAGGAAGGCCAGCCCUUGCCUUUGAGCCAUGUCCAUGCCCUAUCACGGCUUCAUGAUGCUAUUCUUCUGCCCUUUUUUGGGGCAUAAUUCUGGAAUGCUCUGCAGAGCUAAACACAGAGGGAAGAAAGCAGGUCAGCAGGCCUCUCUCCUGUAUCCAGCCCUGUCUCUCUGAAGGCUGAGGACUUGCAGCCUCACAUCCCAGACCUCCACUUCUCCUUUGUUCAUGUGUGUGACUGUCUCUGCACUUGACCAGUGGGGACACUAGGAGCUAACUGGACCACCACCAUUUAUUAUGCAUUUUCUCUCUAUGUGGUUCUGUUCUAGGCCCUUAAUGUGCAUUUCCUCAUUUAACCUCCCAGCAACGCUGUGAGGCAGGACAUAAUUUCACAGACAAGGAAAUGGAGGCUCUGGAGGUUAAUUAACUUACCCAGAGUCACAGGCUACUAAGGAAUGGCUGCAGGAGUUGAACUCAGCUUGUCAGACUCCAAAGCCUGUGAUGCUCUCAUCUCACAGCUUCAACUACCUAUUCUUUGACCUGAGGCAAAGAUUCCCAAGAAGUAUCAAGCAGGCGUGGCAGUGACCCCCAUCAAGAAGAAGGUGGACUGUGUAAGCCCUAAAGGCCCUCUAGUUCCCAGCUCCUUCUCUGUGAACUUUAGGGCCGGGGUCAGGGGGCUCACACAGGUAUAGUCUUUGACUUCAUAGCACAAGGGCCAUUUACUUCUAGGCUGCUACCUGCUUCCCCACCCUCAUUAUGUCCUUGCUUAGAAACUUGUUCACCUUCCAGCCCCUAUCUGGCUUCAGGCCAGCGCUGUUCUGCGAGAGCACAAGGAUGAAUGAAUCCCCACCACUCACCUCCCACCUCUGCCCCAUACUCCUGGCUUCGCUUAAACUGCCCCAAACGAAGAAUAGUUAAAAAGAGAAGCAACAUGUGAAGUACUACAGAGAUGUAUCUGUGGACACUGUUUCAGGAAAAACGUCUCUUGGAUUGGGAGACAUCAGGGGUGGGACUUUACUCAGAAGGAAGAUAAACCAAUCAGCACUGGACUGGAUUGUGCACGCGUGUGUGUGUGUGCCUGUGUGUUUGUGUGGUCAGAGAUGGGAAGAAGUGUGUGUGAGGAGGACAACAAGAGUUGGUACUAACAUUAUGCAUUUUCCCCUGAGCUGUCUCACAGUGGCUUCACAACAGCUUCUGGGUCAGGACAGAAAGAUGGAAGGUGGGUGUGAGAUCAAAGGGCAUCUCCCAGAGUGAUUUCCUGACUGGUGGGUUCUCCCAGGGAGGUAACAGGACUAGGAAGUCUCCUCCUUCCUGGCAUCUUCCCAGAUGUGAAGGAGCCCCUCGCACAUACACGAAAGACUACAUUUAUUGUCUGUCACUGCUCACUGCACUAUCCCCCAAUCCCCGCACGGCUCAGUCAUAUUUUCUCCAAGAAAAGCAGUAGAAAAGUAAGGGUGAAUAAUGAGAAUGAGGGAGACACAGAGGGGUCUUUUGAGGGAAACAAAACAACUUUUGGGCAAGGAUUCUCCAGGCCCUUUGGCGGCAAAACAUAGGAAGCCAUCGAGACAGAAAAGGAAGCUCCUCAUUUGUUUCUUGUAUAAACACAGAUUUUUUCAGGCAUCAUAUUGGCUUCAAACAUAUAUAGUAGGAAGGGUAUAAAGCUACCAAAGUUCACUGACAUCUCUUCUAAGCAGAAAAGGCCUUAGUAACAAAAUGGGAGCAGAAGAAAUAGGAAAUGAUGGCAAUAGGAUUUCUUAACUUCAAACCAAGCAAGAUGAAACUCAGUACCAGUUUCUUCCUCUAAAAUAAUCAAGUUACUGUUCCAAUGUUAAUGGCAGCAUAGAGAGAGAAGGGAAAUAAGUUGAGGCAGAAGAGUGGAGCUGACAGGUUAAUAGCAGGGAUUGCGGGAAGUCUUCCAGUUAUAGAAAGGAAAACAGACAUUUAGAAAAAUAUCCUCAGUUAAGGGUACCACAGGGAUGAAAAUGUAGCAGGGGGGAAAAAGCUCUGGAUAAUUUCUUCAAUGCAUUCCCAUCCCGUUCGUAUUUUUAGAGCUUUGAGAUGUCUAAACGUCAUGCAAGGCAUCUCCAUUUCCUUUGAGUUAGACCCUGCGGUAGAAUUCUCCUACUAAAAUUUCAAAGCCUUUCACAGCCUCAGCUUCUUGUAUUAGUGACUGAAGGAAUUCCCACUCACGGCCAAGCCUCCUUCUCUUCCUCAAAUCCAAGAACUUGAGCAGACCUGACCCAUGCCCCUGCUUUCUAGAAGAGUCUCAUUCUCUGGCCCACUUGCAUCUACUUCCGAGUAUUUAGUCAGCUUCCUUUUGCUCCCCAUAAACGGGGUUUCCCACCAAUAUAUUGCCUCCUCUCAACUGCUAGAUGAAAAUGACUCCCAGCUAUGUGCUAAUUUUUCUCCUGGACUCAGUUCAGCAGUGCCUUUCCUUCCUCAGUCUUCCUCACUAGUCACAGUAGCACUAUGUACCUGCUCAAGCCCAAACUUUGAUUACACUCUUUCUCUCCCGUCUCAUAUCCAAUACAACUGGUUCUGUCUCUAAAAAUAUAUCGUUGAUCUACUCACAUCUCCCCACCUCCACUGCGUCAACACUGUCCAGUUAGUGCACAGUCGCCCGCUAGAGGCCAGCAGCAUCCUCCUCCUCAUCUGCCUCCUGUCCUCCUACAACCUGUUCUCCACAGAGGCCAGUCACAUUCUAUAAAUUCAUUCACAGAUGUUACUCUGCCUUGUUCCCCACUAUAUCCCCAUCAACCUCUACAGUGCCCAGGACAUUAGAAGGUGCUCAGCAAAUAACUAAGAAAUAACUGCUAGACAUCUAUACCUAGAUUUCUCACCCAAGUCUAAACCAUAAUAGGUCCAAAGCUAAAAUGUUUUC